AUGGGCGAUAAGCCGCAAGUAAAAGAAGUACCAGAAACGGUGUGCAAUUCGAAAAAAGAACAGGUUCUUACUAGAGGGAAGUUUCUGGGUAAAGGAGGGUUUGCAAGAUGUUACGAACUUGUUGAUUCUAAAACAAACGCGGUUUAUGCAGGGAAAAUUGUUUCUAAAUUACUUCUUCAAAAAAAGCAUCAGAAGGAGAAGAUGACGCAGGAGAUUGAGAUUCAUCGAUCGCUCUCGCAUCCUCAUGUUGUGCGCCUGGAGGAUUUUUUUGAGGAUUCAGACAAUGUUUAUAUUCUUUUGGAAUUGUGUUCUAGAAGGUCGUUAAUGGAACUGCACAAAAGACGUAAAGCAGUCACGGAGCCAGAAGCACGGUAUUUUACUAGCCAGGAGACUUAUCAAAAAAUAAAAAACAAUGAUUAUGUAAUUCCCAAAAGAGUUGGUUCGGAUGCAGCUCAUUUGAUCAGUUGUCUUCUUGCUGCCGUUCCUUCGCGAAGGCCUACUAUUCAGGAGGUUGCGAAAUUCAGUUUUUUUUUAAGAGGAUACAUGCCCACUCGGCUACCAACUUCAUGUCUGACUAUGGCUCCAAAAUUUACCCCUGCGCAGUUGUCACAGGGUCAAAACGAUGAACGACGGGUGCUCGGGGAGAUAAAGUCACAUCAACUUUUAGGCUCUGAACAAAGGGUUAACCAGGAUUUGAUGUCAAGCCCUGCUAGAUCGCUAGUCUCGGUACCAGAAGCUCAAGUUGUAAGCAUAGGAGUCAGGGGGGACAAAAAUGAAAAAGGAGAGGCAGAUUUGAACGCUGUUCCUUCUGAUUUUUAUUUAUCCGACCUUUACCGACAACUGGAUGAUCUCAUAAGUAAAAAGCCAGCAGAAAGAGCUCUGAUACAAGAAGAUGAAGCAGAAGACCCGGCAUCUGUCCCUGUUUUCUGGGUCUCGAAAUGGGUGGAUUAUUCGGAUAAGUAUGGAUUGGGUUACCAACUUUGUGAUAAUUCGAUUGGGGUUGUUUUCAACGACAAUUCUAAAUUAGUUUUGAACGCUGCUGGAGAACAAGUUCAGUAUACGGAAAAAGAUAAUUCGGAGAGAUAUUUUGUUUUAUCAUCGUAUCCAGAGGAGCUUCAUAAGAAAAUAACCCUCUUGAAAUAUUUUCGUAACUAUAUGCAAGAGCACUUGCAAAAAACAGGUGCAAAUAUGGCUCCAAAAGAAGGCGAUGAGCUCGCUCGUUUGCCUUGUUUGAGGACGUGGUUCCGCACCCGGUCUGCUAUUGUUCUCCACAUGAGCAGCGGCAUCCUCCAAAUCAACUUUUUCCAGGACCAUACAAAGCUCAUAUUAUGUCCUCUAAUGAGUGCGGUAACUUAUAUUGAUCAAAAGCGAAAAUUCAGAACUUUCAAAUUUGAGCUGAUGGCAAAAUUCGGUUGUUCGAAGGAUGUUUUGAUGGUUAUUACUCCUCCAGAGAACGGAAUAGUGUGUAAACAGCUUUAUUUUGCUUGGUUUUGCAUCUUGAGAAGAGUGAGGAGGGAGGGGGUUGCGCGGGAGAGAGAGGAAGACCAUCUGUGUGUAUUUUGGAGACCUGGUCCGAUGCAGCAUAUGAAAAGGUUGCAGUUUCUUUGGCAACUUUUGCGUAUUGCAUGGUUGAGUGGAGGCGGACAAGGUUUUUUUGAAUUUGAGAUAUCAGAGGCGCUCAGAAUGUUGGUGGAAAUAUGCCGAAAUGGUGUGCAGCCACGGGAAUUGUCAGUUAGUAUUCCGAAACGGGUGGCCUAA